UGACGCUUGCGCCUGCGCGCGGCUCAGCGAGGACAAUCCCGGCUGGAAAAAUGAGUUCCAGGAAAGUCCUAGCCAUUCAAGCUCGGAAGAGGAGGCCGAAAGGAAAGAAAGAGAAGGCUCAUAAAAAAUGUCCCAUGACUAGAUACCAUUUCUCACCAAGAGGCUGGGCUCCUGAUGAUAAGGAGAAACCAAGCAGAAGAUUGAGCUGCUGAUGUCAGUUAACUCUGGGAAGUCGUCCUCUUCAGAAAGGCCAGAGGCUUAUCACAAAGCUGCGGCAGCUGCUCCUCCUCCACCGCCACCUUUACCUGAGCCGUGUCCUCCUGAGCAGGAGGAGGAAAUCCUGGGAUCUGAUGAUGAAGAGCAGGAAGACCCUGCCGAUUAUUGUAAAGGUGGCUACCAUGCUGUGAAAAUUGGUGAUCUAUUCAAUGCACGAUACCAUGUAAUUAGAAAGCUGGGAUGGGGACAUUUCUCAACAGUAUGGCUGUGCUGGGACAUUCAUGGAAAACGAUUUGUUGCCAUGAAAGUGGUAAAGAGUGCCCAGCACUACACAGAAACAGCUUUGGAUGAAAUUAAGCUACUCAAGUGUGUACGAGAAAGUGAUCCCAGUGAUCCAAAUAAGGACAUGGUGGUGCAAUUAAUUGAUGAUUUCAAACUUUCUGGCAUGAAUGGAAUACAUGUCUGUAUGGUAUUUGAAGUGCUGGGUCAUCAUCUUUUGAAAUGGAUCAUCAAAUCCAAUUACCAGGGACUUCCUAUUCUUUGUGUGAAAAGUAUUAUUCGACAGGUCUUGCAGGGUUUGGAUUAUCUACACAGCAAAUGCAAGAUUAUCCAUACAGAUAUAAAACCAGAAAAUAUCUUAAUGUGUGUAGAUGAAUCUUAUAUUCGACGGAUGGCUGUGGAAGCAACAGAGUGGCAGAAAGCAGGUGCUCCACCACCUUCUGGCUCAGCAGUGAGUACUGCCCCACAGCAGAAACUGGGAGGAAAGAUGUCUAAAAACAAAAAGAAGAAGUUGAAAAAAAAGCAAAAGAGGCAGGCAGAACUUCUGGAGAAACGUAUGCAAGAAAUAGAAGAGCUGGAGAGAGAAGCAGAAAGGAAGAAGAUGGAAGAGAUUUUAAGAACAGUUACAACAAAUGACCAAGAAGGAGAGAAGGUAGUUGAGCUAAAGGAAACAGUGAUAGAUCCCGCGGUAGAUGUGGAGCGACAUAAUGAGUGCAAUGAAGUUGAUGAUCAGGAAGAAAAAGAAGAUACAGAGAAAGAAAAUGUGGGAAAAGAUGAAGUAGAAAAUACAGUUACCAGGACAGAUACAAAAUGUGAUGAAACACUGAAAACAAAUGGGCACAUUGAAAAUGGCCCAUUUUUACUUGAGCCAUUUUGUGAUGAGGAAGAAGAUGAUGAUGAGGAGGAUGAGGAUGAUGAUGAAUGUCCCAAUACAGAAGAUAGUCCAGUUGAUGGACCGAAUACUGAGAAUUUAACUUAUAAUAAUCCUUAUGGACAGUUUAAUGGAGAUGUACAAAAUGGACAGAAUAAGAGUGCAGAGUCUCAAUUCUCUGAAAUGUCUGAGUCUGUAUUUUCCAAGCUUUUAGAAUCUGCAGCUUGUGGAUCAGAUGGAUCAACAGUGACAGAGCAUGAAGACAGUAGUCCAUCGCAAGAUAGGAGUAGAACUGUAUCUGCAUCCAGUACUGGAGAUGUGCCAAAAUUAAAAAUUCGUGCUGCAGAUUUGUUGGUAAAUCCACUUGAUCCAAAAAAUGCAGAGAAAAUCAGAGUUAAAAUUGCUGACCUGGGAAAUGCUUGCUGGGUUCACAAGCAUUUUACAGAAGAUAUCCAGACACGACAGUAUCGAUCAAUAGAAGUUCUAAUUGGUGCUGGGUACAGCACACCUGCAGAUGUAUGGAGUACUGCUUGUAUGGCCUUUGAACUUGCAACUGGAGAUUAUUUAUUUGAACCUCAUUCUGGUGAAGAUUAUUCAAGGGAUGAAGACCACAUAGCACACAUCAUAGAGCUGCUAGGCAAUAUCCCAAGACACUUUGCUCUUUCUGGGAAAUAUUCUCGGGAAUUCUUCAAUCGCAGAGAUCACAUAGCUUUGAUCAUUGAACUGCUGGGGAAAAUCCCUCGAAAGUUCGCAAUGUCUGGAAAGUAUUCCAAGGAGUUUUUCACCAAAAAAGGCGAAUUACGGCACAUUACAAAACUAAAACCCUGGAGCCUAUUUGAUGUACUUAUUGAGAAAUAUGGAUGGCCUCAUGAAGAAGCUGUGCAGUUCACUGACUUCUUGCUGCCUAUGCUAGAAAUGGUUCCUGAGAAACGAGCUUCUGCAGCAGAAUGCCUCAGACACCCCUGGCUUGGCUCUUAGCAGCAUUUACAACUUUCUUCAGAGAGCUGAUGAUGUUUAUCAUGGACCCAGCAAAGUGGCAAACUCUGAAGCAUCAGGGGUGUAAUUCCAAGCCUCCAAGAUCAGGCCAUUUUUCACUCAAGUACAGUUAAUGUUUGAACUUCUGCUUUUGUGCAUUGUGUUUUUGGGAAGGGUAGUUUUGUCUUUAGCGAAAGGUAGCUGACUCUGCUGAAAACACUUAACAUGUCUUGAUGCUUUGUUUCUUGUGUCGCCUGUCCAUCUCAUGUUGAAUUUCCUAACUUGAAAGUAAUGAUUUUUUUUUUCAUGCAUUUGGAUAUUUUUUGUACUUAUUUAUGAAAAUUGUUUUAGCUGAUGAGUAUUAAUAUUGAAUGAUAAGGUAGAGGGGAGAUGCUACUAUAUAAGGUAAGGAAGUAGCUGAGAUAUUGCAAAGAGCUGUACAAUUGUAUCCAAUGGAAAAGAAGCAUUAUUCUUGUAAAAUCUGUAGAUUUUCUUGUAAAAUAUCUUUCCAUAUAAUACAGAAAUGGGACUUAACCUAUAAUAUUUUCAUGAAUGACUUGUGCUGAGAGAAUGCAUGUUUUGGAGCUUAUUUACUUACAAACGAGGCUGUAUAAUUUUUAUGUUGGCUCAGAGUUAAAUAUUGUGUUGCUGGAUACUGUGUGUUUACUAAUACCUUGUAAGUAAUUUUGCAAACUAACCAGACUUUCAGAAAUACAUUAGUCCUAUUUCAGUCCUCUGAAGGAGGCAAAUUGCUUGGUUGCAUUGCCCAUUUUGUAAUCAUUGCAAUCGUCCUAAUUGUCUAUCAUUAUUUAUGAAUUCCCAAAAAAUUAUCCUCCACAAUUUAAUUUCUUACUGUGCUUCAGCAUUGUGGGGUAUAUAUCCAAGGAAAAGAUUUGUGAUCUGUAAAGCUGCAAAAGGAACAAAAAUGAAAACAUGAUUUUUCUAUGUGCAGAUUUAAUAUUUUGUCACAAAAGAUUAUAUGUUAAAAUGUUUUGCUGUUAGUACAGAAAUUAUACUAAUUGAUAUUAAAAUAAAAGUGAACAUGUUAAAACUUGGUUUAAAAUAACUUGCUAUAUAGCAAACCCUACAGAUUUGCAUAAAAGUUGACUUUGGUCUGUUUACAGCUUUGCUUUCUCAGCAUCAGACAGUGGCACAACAAAUUGCACUGGUCUUUGUAGUUUUUUCAGGGAUUAACAAUGUAAAUAGAUUUUUUUUUUAAAUCAUUCAUGGAAGCAUUGAAUUCUUGAAAUGUUAGUUUAAGUAUUUGAGUUGCUGUGUGUAAUUAAAAUUUUAUUAGAUAGCAAAUGUUGUGGUCAAAUUGCAAUUCAGGCAUGUUCUAUCUCAUCAGUAGUAAGAUUUUCUACUUGUUGGGUCUUCAAGUGUGCACUAACCUCUAAACAGUCAAUGAUGUGAAAGUAGACUGACUAGUUUUAUUCUGAUUGUCCACUUUAAUUAUGGUGCCACUAUUUCUACCAGUUGCUGGUUUAUCCAUCUGCCUUUGCAAUAACUAGAUUGUGGAUAAAUAAUUCUGGUAUUGUAACAAUAGCAAAUGUUUUGAGGUGCUUGUGACUGUCUAAUUAAACUGUUUUGUUUCCACAA